AUGGAGAAGCCCCGGCAGGUGGUGCGGAAGUUCCUGGCCCGGCCGCAGCACGAGGGCGCGGGCGCCGUCGUCCGCCGCAGCAUCGGGAGGUUCGAGCUGAGGUACUUCGAUCCGUUCCUUGUCCUCGACGAGUUCUCCGUUUCUGCUCCGGCCGGGUUCCCCGACCACCCACACCGAGGCUUCGAGACCGUCACCUACAUGCUUGAGGGCGCCGUGACGCACGAGGACUUCGAGGGCCACCGUGGCACCAUCAAGGCCGGCGACGUGCAGUGGAUGACGGCCGGCCGCGGCAUCGUGCACUCCGAGAUGCCCGCCGGCCCCGGCACGUCCAGGGGCCUGCAGCUCUGGGUCAACCUCUACUCCGGCAACAAAAUGAUCGAGCCCGGGUACCAGGAGAUCCAGAGCAAGGACAUCGCGUGCACGUCCGCGGACGGCGUCACGGUGCGCGUGAUCGCCGGCCACGCGAUGGGCGUCCGGUCGCCGGUGUGCACGCGGACGCCGACCAUGUACCUGGACUUCACGGUCCGCCCGCGAGGCGUGGUGCGGCAGCCCGUGCUCGCGUCGUGGAACGCCUUCGCCUACGUGCUGGAGGGCGAGGGCGUGUUCGGGGCCGAGCGGUGCGCGCCCGUCGGCGCCCACCACCUGCUGCUGCUCGGCCAGGGCGACGGCCUCGAGGUGUGGAACAAGUCCGACGACAGGCCGCUCCGCUUCCUGCUCAUCGGCGGCGAGCCCAUCGGGGAGCCCGUCGCGCAGCUGGGCCCGUUCGUCAUGAACACCGAGGAGGAGAUCGACAUGACCGUCAACGACUUCGAGUGCUACGCCAAUGGGUUUGAGAAGGCCAGGCACUGGAAAUCGCAGGCGAUGGUAGCGCUUGGCGUAGAGUAG